GUCAGUCAGUGCCUCCCUCAGUCCAGCAGUGAGUGUGAGUCAACGAGCUGAGAGGGACCCCGGGGUGAGAGGCGGACACAAGCACCGGCACAGUUAAACAUUACAUACAUACUAUAUUAUUAUUAUUAUUAUCAUCAUCUAACCAGCUAACUCAUCUUGGCAGACGCUCCCCAAGGUUUCGUUAAUACAAGAUAGACAGAAGACCCCGAUGGCAGUAGCUCCUUUGCUCGCCUGAGAGAUUUCUGGUUAAGUCAACUCAAUACAGCUGUCUCCCGCAUGGAUGAUUGGCCAUGAGUCAAAUCUGAUGGUUCCUUUAAACAUAACUGAAAAGUGGAUGACGUUUCUGUGGAUUAUCUAAUCUGAGAAAAAUCAUGGCUUUGGCUGGUUGUCCUGACUCCUUUCUGCACCAUCCUUAUUACCAGGACAAUGUAGAUCGGACGACAGCACGCAGAUCGAGAGAAUUGAUUGGAACUGGUUUUCAAAGUUCGUCAAGUCAUAAUUCACCCAACCAUCAAGAGGAUGAUGUAGACCUGGAGGCACUGGUGAAUGACAUGAACUCAUCAUUCGACAGUUUGUAUUCCAUAUGCACUACCCAAUCAGAAACGGCGCCACUUAUUCAAAAUGGCCAACUUGGCCGUAGUCACUUGGCAAAUUCAGGAACUAACUCACCGCAGUCCACAUCACCAAGGCAGAAGGUGCGACGUUCUCAACCAAUGCACAUUCUGGCAGUCAGAAGACUCCAGGAAGAAGAACAGUUUCGUACAUCAUCUUUGCCUACUAUCCCAAACCCUUUUCCAGAGCUUUGUAGUCCUGCCAGCUCACCAGUGUUGACUCCUGGUUCGGUGCCUCAGAGUCAACCUCCCCACAGCCAUGUUAUCAAAGUUUUUAGUGAAGAUGGAACAAGCAAAGCAAUCGAAAUUCCUUCAGACAUAACAGCCAGAGAUGUCUGCCAGCUACUAAUUUAUAAAUGUCAUUGUGUUGAUGACAACAGCUGGACUUUAGUAGAACAUCAUCAUCAUCUGGGUCUUGAGAGAUGUUUGGAAGACCAUGAAAUGGUAGUGCAAAUACAAACCACGUGGAUAAUGGGAAAUGAGAGCAGAUUUUUAUUUAGGAAAAACUAUGCCAAAUAUGAAUUUUUUAAAAGUCCUACGACCUUCUUUCCAGAACAAAUGGUGACUUGGUGCCAAGAAUCAAAUGGAAGCAAUCCACGUUCACAGCUCUUGCAGGAUUUCUUGAACUCCAACAGCUGCCCUGAAAUUCAGGGAUUCUUGCAUAUAAAAGAACUGGGAAAGAAAUCAUGGAAGAAAUUGUAUGUAUUUUUGCGAAGAUCAGGAUUUUACUGUUCCUUAAAAGGUACUUCAAAGGAACCAAGACAUCUCCAACUAUUGGCUGACAUUGAGGACUGUAAUGUCUUCUCACUAGUCGCAGGCAAAAAGACUUGUGGUGCACCAACUGAUUAUGGGUUUUGCAUAAAGCCCAUCAAAAUGAGGAAUGAAACAAAAGAGCUUCGACUGUUAUGUGCAGAAGAUGAACAGAGUAGGACAUGCUGGAUGACAGCCUUUCGACUCCUUAAGUAUGGCAUGUUGUUGUACCAGAACUAUCUGAUUCCUCAGCAGAGAAAAGCAUUACAAUCCCACUUCACUACACCGGUGAGAAGUGCAUCAGAAAAUUCGUUGGUAGCUAUGGAUUUUUCUGGGCACACAGGUCGAGUCAUUGAGAAUCCCUUAGAGGCACAAAGUGCAGCUAUGGAAGAGGGCAACACGUGGAGGAAACGUAGCCAACGGAUGAAUGCCUUGGGGAGUUCUAGUCCUUUGCAUCCCUCCCCACUUAGUCAUACCAUUCACAGAACUCAACCAUGGUUUCAUGGAAGGAUCUCUCGAAAAGUGGCUCACAGUACAAUUGAAAAGCAGGGGCCUGUGGAUGGGUUAUUUCUUUUGAGGGACAGUCAGAGUAACCCAAAGACAUUUGUACUAACAUUGUACUGUCAACAGAAGAUCAGGCAUUUCCAGAUAUUACCAAGUGAAGACAAUGGACAGCUCGUCUUUAGUCUUGAUGACGGCAAUACCAAAUUUUGUGAUCUUAUACAGCUUGUUGAAUUUUACCUUCUGAACCGAGGAAUCCUACCUUGCAAACUGAAGCAUCACUGUUCCCAGGUUUCCUUAUGACCUUUGAUAUCUGUUUACUCUUUGGAAUUAUCCACAGGAGACUGGAAUUUCUGUUUGAUUCUUUGCAUCAGUUGUGCAUUUUGGGGGGGAAAUUAGACAAUUCUGUUCUUCACCAGAUCUGUGAAAAUCAGUACUAAAGGCAUAUGUCCAGGACUGAAUACACUAAGAUUGAUUGCUUGCUGUUCAUAACAAAAACAGUAGCAAUACAGAAGAAGAAAAUGGAUGGAGCAGUUGAGUGUCUUACAUGUUUCCAUGCUGUCACUUUGUACAAUCAACUCAAAGAUCUUCAAGCUGAUAUUUAUGAUGGCAAAAAAAACUUGACAAUUGCUCCUGCUCUGGAAUAAUCUUGAUACAUAAAUUGAAGACAGGUGACUUAGUAUUUUUAAGUGGGUAAUUCGGUUCAUUCACAAAAGGAAAAAGUUGACAGCUUGUCACUGAGGAGACAUUUAAUUUCGUACAGCACUUAAUGUUUCUUUUUAAGUCCUGAGCACAGCCUAUUGUACAUAAUGCUCCAAUGUAGGUGCAUUAUGAUGGAAUAGCACAAGUCAUAGGACUGCUUCUUUUGGACAAUAACCUACCACCAUAUAUCGUGUCUGAACUCUAAUCAUAGGGUAAAGAGAAAGAAUGCAGAUCCAACACACAUUGUUUUCCCUUUUUUAUUACAUAAAUAUUGCAUUUUGCUGCUGUGAAUUAAUGCAUUUAAAUCAAAUUGUGAAUUUACAGUCUUAUUAAAUUUAAAUUAUUUUUAUUUGCAUUUGUCACACACUAACCGAAUACUAUGUUAGAUUCAGACGCAUGUUGAUAUAAAAAAAGUUAAGACCACGAGUUGUGCAAAUCUGUAAUAAGCAUCUUAGGUCAACACUUUGGUUUCUCAGCGUUAGCCUAUUAUAUGGAGAAAAAACUGAUAGCCAAUCAGCAUGGGCUAGCAGUUUGAACUUUAACUAGUAGGGUUGAGGGCUUGUAUAAUUUCAAUUGCCUUGCAGUUCAGUCCCCAGAGACCAGCUUGUUGUAUAAGAUACCUCACCAGCCCCGCCCUGGGGAUAUUUUUGAGGUCAAUCACUUUAUUAUUUAUUCCACAGGACUAAUAAUAAUCCCUCCAAAAAACA